AUGGCAUCCUCUUCCUCAAACGUCGUCGGCGUACAUUAUCGUGUGGGUAAAAAGAUUGGAGAGGGUUCCUUUGGAGUAAUAUUUGAGGGAACCAACCUGCUAAACAAUCAGCAAGUUGCCAUCAAAUUUGAGCCUCGAAAGAGCGACGCUCCACAACUACGAGAUGAAUAUCGAACCUACAAGAUACUCGUAGGGUGUCCUGGGAUUCCAAAUGUCUAUUAUUUUGGUCAAGAAGGUCUCCAUAAUAUUCUUGUGAUUGAUCUGUUAGGGCCAUCUCUGGAAGAUCUCUUCGAUCAUUGCAACAGAAGAUUUACUACAAAAACAGUGGUUAUGGUGGCCAAGCAAAUGCUCUCCCGCGUUCAAACUAUCCACGAAAAAAAUCUGAUAUAUCGCGACAUCAAGCCCGACAAUUUUCUUAUUGGACGCCCGGGAUCUAAAGCAGCUAAUGUCGUCCAUGUUGUCGAUUUUGGUAUGGCUAAGCAAUACAGAGACCCAAAGACAAAACAACACAUUCCAUAUAGAGAAAGAAAGUCUCUCUCCGGAACUGCACGAUAUAUGAGCAUUAACACCCAUCUGGGAAGAGAACAAUCAAGAAGAGAUGACCUAGAAGCAUUAGGGCAUGUUUUUAUGUAUCUCCUAAGGGGUGGGCUUCCAUGGCAAGGACUAAAGGCUGCAACUAAUAAGCAAAAAUACGAAAAAAUUGGAGAGAAAAAACAGACUACAUUGAUUAAGGAUCUCUGCGACGGAUUUCCCGAGGAAUUCAAUAAGUACUUGACCUAUGUUAGAAACCUUGGAUUUGAGGAUACGCCGGACUAUGAUUACAUGCGUGACCUUUUUACUCAAGCUCUGAAAAAUACUGGUGAAGUAGAGGACGGCGAGUACGAUUGGAUGAAGCUUAACAACGGAAAGGGAUGGGAGGCAAGGGGUCCUUCAGGUCAUCUUUCAUACCACGCCGCAGCAGCUCAAGGAGCCUCCAACCGGGACCUCCAUGGAACCCCUAGAACCGGGAAUCACGCUGCUGGAAGACAUCUUACUUCUGAUCGCCUGAAUGCGGCCCAGCCUGCACCCCCAUCUCCUAUGGCUAAACCUGCAAUAGGUAAAGCACGCGAUCGAUCAAAUGUACCAGGCCUAAUGCCGAAACAUGGCGUUGGAGCAAUAGGAGGUCUUCAAGACGUCGUCACGAUAACUGGCUCGGCCCAAGCACAAUUCCAAAAUAGCUCAACUCAUAUACCACAGAGGAUGACAACACAAACGAAUAUGGAUACACAAGAACAUUCGCGGCGGCCGCACGAGAAAAAACCUUCCGGCUUCGCAAAGCUAAUGAGUCUCAUAUGUUGUGGCUCUCUUAAUAAUAAUAAAGACAACCAAGGCAACUAA